UAAUGACAUCUCAAGAAAUAUCUGAAUUCAUAUUUGAAUUAAAGAGAAAAUAAAGUCUUCUAAGGUAUGGUGCUCUCUCUUUUACUUUUUCUUUAUCUUACCUUAGCAACUUUUAAUAUUUACUACAAGAUGGUUUAAAUAUCAUUUUUGUUGUGUUGCUGUCGUAAAGUUUUGUUUUAUUAUAUUUAUUACUUGCUUUUUUCUUUGGUAUGUUACGUUGUUGUCGUAAAGUUUUGUUUUGUUUUAAUUUUUUUCUUUUUUUCCUUGGUAUGUUAUGUUGUUGUCGUAAAGUUUUAUUUUGUUAUAUUAAUUUCUUACUUUUUUUCCUUGGUAUGUUAUGUUGUUGUUGUCCUAAAGUUUUGUUUUGUUGUAUUAAUUUCUUGCCUUUUUUCCUUGGUAUGUUAUGUUGUUGUCGUAAAGUUUCGUUUUGUUAUAUUUAUUUCUUGUCUUUUUUAUCUUAAUAUGCCGCCCUGUUUGAUGGUAAUUAAUGUUACAACUAUUUAUAUCUAUUUAAUGAUAAAAUUUUAGAUUCCACUCACUUUGCUUGACUUGAUAGAUGAAUUACUAAUAGGGCGUUGAAGCUAUACCCCAAAUGUUUUUUUCACAUGAUGUUCAGUAUCUAUUUCGGAAUUCGAUUAAUACGAUAAAUUAACGUUAGGAAAGUCCAUUUUGAGAAUAAACUAUUUUAGUAAUAUAAAAAGGAGGAUUUAGUCUAAAAAUGAUGUGGCAAUAGGUUUGAGCCAUGGACUAAUGCUUGUAUUAAGGGUUCAAUCCUUCCUUAAAUCCCGUGUAAACGUGAAAUACUUUAUCCAUCGAAAUUCCAUUUUAGUGCUUCAUAUAAGUAUCGAAAUAUUGAUUAGAACAAGUUAUUUGAACUUUGGAGUAAGAAAAUUUAAAUAUUUAUUGAAAUAAUUUGUUGAUGUGGAAGAAAUCCACCAAUAACUGUUAUAUUUAAACACUUCCUAUAUUUGUCUUAAAACUCAACUUAUAAGAUCUCUUUGUACUUCAUAAAAAUGUCCUUUCCUUAUUUAUAUAACUGGUAAAAUUAUUGUCAUGUGACCGUACAGUCAUGAGCUCGAGGUGUGGAAAUAGUCAGAAUGUUAAGUACAAUGAACCCUUGUGUGGUCCAACCCUUCUCCGUAUCUCCAUACAUAACGGAAACUUAGUGCAUCGAACUGUAAAAAGUGAUUGAUCUUGUUUCUUGAUUUUUACUAGGAGUACUGUUGAUGAAGAAGGAAAUUGACCAUUAGGACAUGUCAAAGAAACAUGUCCAACGAAGCUGGCUGACGUGUCUGCAGCAAGUGCUGUAAACUCGCCAGUCAGCUUUGUUGGACCUGUUCCUAUCGUCAGCUUCCUUCUUCAUCAACUCAGCACUUGCUGCAGACACGUCAGUCAGCUUCGUUGUGUGGUCCAGCUCUUUUUUAAACCCCAUACAUAACGAAAACUUAGUGCAUCGAACUGUGAAAAGUGAUUGAUCUUGUUUCUUUGAUUUUUACUAGGAGAAGAAGAGAAAAAUGGAAGCAAGAGAGUCAUUUUUUCCGACAAAGUUAUUUGGUGAAGAAACAAAAAGAACAUGUGAAAGAAUUUGGAGAUGUUUAAAGAAAGACAAAGUAAUUACAAGUAUUGGUAUAUAUGGAGUUAAAGGUGUUGGAAAAACAACCUUAGCUAAACUCAUCAAUCACCUUGUUGAACAAAAGACUAAUUCCCAAGUUAUUUGGAUUAAUGUUUCUCAACAAUGUAACAUCAAAGUGUUACAAAAUGAUAUAGCUAAAUCACUUGGAUUUGAUCUUAUAGAGGAACAUGAUGAUGAAAAGAGGGCAAUCGCGUUACACGAAUCGUUCAAAGUGAAAAAGGAUUUUGUUUUAGUACUAGAUGAUGUGUUAGAGAAUGUACCUUUGAAAAUGUUGGGUAAUCCUCUAAAAAUUGAAGGUGGAAGGUUGAUAGUAACAAGUUGUUUACUCGAAACAUGUCGAAAAAUGGGAUGUCAAAGGGAGUUCAGAGUGAAAACACUUGAAGCGGAGGAGUGUUGGAGUUUGUUUGUAGAAAAACUCGGGAAUGAGAUGAUUGUUCCGCGUGAAGUUGAAGGGAUCGCUAAGGUUAUGGUGAAUGAAUGUACUAAAGGACUUCCAUUUGGGAUUGUUGCAUUAGCUGCAAAGGUUAGAGAGUUGGAAUUGAGUAACGUUGAUGAAUGGAGAAAGGCGUUCGAUGAAUCAUGUAAAGAGGAGAACAAUGAUGAUGUUAUGAAGAUGUUGUUGUAUAGUUUUGAUUCAUUGAAGGAUGAAAAGUUACAGCAAUGUUUCUUGUACUGUUGUUUGUAUCCAGGAAAUGAGAAUAUCUCGAAAGAUCAUUUGAUAAGUCGAUUUGUUCUAGAGGGACUUAUCGAUGAACAAGAGAGUCGUGAGGCAGAAUUUGAAGAGGGAUAUGAAAUACUGAACAGAUUGGAAGGCGUUUGUUUGUUGGAAAGUGGCGUAAAUCAUACUGUGAAAAUGCAUAGCUUGAUUCGAGAUAUGGCAUUGAAAAUCACUAAUGAGAAUCCUAUGUUUAUGGUUAGAGCUGGAGUUCAGCUUCAUGAUGCACCAGAACAGAAUGAAUGGAUCGAAAAUUUGGACAAGGUAUUGUUACGUAGAUAUACUAUGUUGCUCGAACUCUUCAAACAUGUUGUUGCACACGUAUCUCUAAUGAGGAACAAGAUAGCUGAAAUACCAGAAGGCACAUCAGCUAAGUGUCCAAGGCUAACAACAUUGAUGUUGCAGCAGAAUUAUCACUUAUGGAAGAUUCCAGAUUCUUUCUUCGAGCACAUGAAGGCGUUACGUGUGCUUGAUUUAAGCCACACUUGCAUUGAGAAGUUGCCUGAUUCAGUAUCCGAGUUGGAGAAUCUCACCGCGCUCUUACUUGCAUUUUGUUGGAAUCUAAGGUCAAUUCCAACUCUGGCAAAGCUCGAGUCAUUGCAAGAGUUGGACUUGAGUGGCACUGGGAUUCAGACUUUGCCUGAAUCCCUCGAGGCUCUAUUGAGCCUCAAAUGCCUGAGUAUGUAUGCAAUGCGUUGGCUAGAGAGGGUACCAAUAGGUAUAUUGCCACAACUCUCAACUCUACAACGUCUAGUGUUAUCGCACCAUAUAGACGUGCAAGGUGAGGAACUAGAGGUGUUAAACGAGUUGGAAGAGUUUCAAGGUAGGUUCUCUACUAUUCAUGACUUCAACCGGUUCAUCAAAGCUCAAGAGAACGAGGGAUGCCUCGCGUUCUACAGGAUUCUAGUAGGUGACUACGAUGGUUUAGGACAAAUGACACAAAUCGAGUUCAAUCAUGGAAGAAUUUCAGAUAAACUAGUCAAGUGUUAUGGACUUGGUAAAGAAGAUGAAGUACUAUUGCUUCCACAAGACAUUCAACACUUGAAAAUCGAGAGUUGCAACAACUUUAGUACUUGUCUUUCCGAGUUCUUGUCAUGUCUAUACGAUUCAAAAGAUUUGAAGUACUUCAAAGUUCGUUGGUGCAACAAGCUCGAGUACCUUAUGAAGGUAAAACAAGGGCAAGAAUCCGUCUUAUUACCCUCUCUCGAGCAUCUUGAUCUCUUCGAAUUGCCUAGUUUCAUUGGUAUUUUUGAUGAAUGUGAAACAAGUUUGAGUCCUUCAAUCCCUCUAGUUGGUACUUUUUCCUUCCUUAGAAUGAUACGUAUCGAAAGAUGUCACAACAUCAAGAAGCUACUUCCAAUUGAUCUAUGCUCAAACCUGAGACAUCUCGAGAGGAUAUAUGUCCUAUCAUGUAGUCAAAUCGAAGAAAUAAUUGAAGAUCACGAAAAUGAUGGAAUCGUCGUCUUUCCUAAAAUGACAAGAAUGACCUUAUGGUCUUUGCCACAAUUGAAAAGUAUAUACAAUGGAAAAAUGAAGUGCAAUUCAAUAAAGAAAGUGUCAAUAAAGGGAUGUGUUAAGUUAAGGAAUUUGCCUUUGUUUUUUUCACAUGAAGAUGAACUCAAAAUUCCCUCUACACUUAAAGAGAUUGCUAUAAAUUCGAGUGAAAAAGAGUGGUGGGAAUCUUUGGAAUGGGAUCAUUCAAAUACAAAAAUUGAACUCCAACCUUUUCUUAGCUAUUUGUAACGAUUGUGGUCGGAUUCUUCAAAAAUGUUAGACGUGUGUAUGUCUGAUCUAACGAUCUUGAGCAUCAUUCUUGAAAAGCUCGAGGAAUGAAAUUUUACUUUCAAGUUCAACUUUAUUUUUAUUUUUGUAAUAUU